AUGGAAAUCUCUGAAACUGUCAAGGUCCCUCGAGAGGCUUACAGAUUUUGGCCUUCAGGAGAGCAAAUAUAUUAUGGCAAAGACAAAAAGAUGCAAAGAUUAAUUUUUGAUGGGGUUGAAUUUACUCCAUUUGAAGAACAAAAUCUAAGGCAGCUAGAAGCAGAAAUUCAAAAAGCUGGGAUCAUACUUCCAGAAGGAUGGAAAAGGAGCAACACUCUAAGAUUUUUCUAUGGCACAGACUGGAAGCCUAAAUCAGCUUUCAAAGCACUCACAGAUCAUUUGGAAUGGAGAAAGGAAAUCAUGCCGAACGGCUACAUAUCACUUUAUCCUCAGCUUAGUGACCUUCUCGUAACCAAUAUUUAGAAUUCUGGCUGUCUUUAUAUUCACGGGAGAGACCACUUUUUCCGUCCAAUUCUAAUUAUGAACCUCACAAAAUUCAAUUUUAAACAGGUAAAAUCUAAUUUAGUACUCCCAUCAUGACUAUGUAGUUUUGAUCUGCUUUCUUCUGGAAUUCAUGGUCCAAAAUAUGCUACUUCCAGGUCAGAUUGAAGCUUGGGUUUGCUUUUCAGACUUAGGCCGAAAAGGCCUUUCUGAUCUGCCUACUUCUGCUUUGAAAAAGGUAAUCAAGGAUUUGCAAGAUAAUUUUAGAUGCAGAUUAGGGGUGAAUUAUGUGAUUAACGUCCCUUCAGGGAUCAAUUUUCUCUGGAAAUGCAUCAAACCUUUUAUGGACAAAGUUACUGUAAAAAAAAUAAAACUUACAAGUGAUAACGCUCCUAAAGAACUUUUUACACACUGCAACAGGAAUCAAGUUGAGCAAAAGUAUGGAGGGACAGCUCCAAAUUUGACCAAUUAUUGGCCCCCUAUGAUUCCGCCAGGGCCAUAUCAGUCUCCAUCUGCAAAUUACUUAGACAAUAGAGACAGUUAUUUUGAGCAUCAUCCAAAUGUGCCACAGAAUAUCAAGUCUGAAGUAAUAGAAGAUCCUAAACCUUAUGAUAGUGAAGAAGAAAAAGUUAUUCGCAAAAAGAAAAAUUCGAAAAGGAAAAAAGUCAAAGAAAUAGAAAUCCCAGCAGACAAUCUCGAACAUAAAGUCCAAGAAGAUCCAAUACUUGACGUAAUUUCACAAGAAAAACAAAAAAUCGUAGAUGAGGAGGUGAAUAAUUGUGAAGAAGAAAAAAUUGAAGUAGUUGAGGUUAAAGAAAAGCGGAAAAAGAGCAAAAGAAAGAAGCAGGAAAGCGUGGAAGAUGUAAAAAUGAUUGAUGAUAUAGCAAUUGAUCUGGAAAUAAAGGAUAAGGAAACAGCUGAUAAUGGAGAAUUCAUAUCAGUGCAGAAGAAAAAAGAAAAACUCAAUGCAAUUAUAAUAGAAGAUAUUCAAAAUGAGCCAAUACUGACCGAGAGAUUGAUCAAUGGCGAUAUGGUAAUAGUUGAAAAUGAAGGAUCGCAUAUAGGAUGCUCCAUGUUUAGAACAGGCGGAAAAUGCAGCCAAGAUUCCUUUUGCUUAGUAUUCUAA